UGUGUGUGUGUGUGUGUGUGUGUGUGUGUGUGUGUGUGUGUGUGUGUGUGUGUGUGUGUGUGUCCUCCCAGAACCCUAUGUGUUGAUCAUGGAGUUUGUGAGCUACGGAACCCUGCGGAGCUUCCUUCAGACCCACAGAGACAAACUGACCUGUGACCCUGAGCUACAGAGCUUGCUCACCAUCGCAUCCUAUCACAUCGCACUGGCCAUGGAACACCUGCGAUCCAAAAUGGUGGUGCACUGUGACCUGGCCCUCAGGAACAUCAUGGUGAGCACGUUCCCCUGGGAGGUAAAGGUGUCAGAGUUUGGUCUGGCCAGAGACCUGACCCGCAUGAAGAGCCGCCGCAGCAGUCGCAGGAAACACCCAGGGGAACGUGUGCCCCUACGCUGGUACCCCCCUGAGUACUUCAGAAUCAACUAUUACAGCUUCAAGGGGGACGUGUGGGCAUUUGGCAUCGUGCUGUGGGAGAUACAGACAUUUGGCACCUUACCAUACCAUGAUCUGGAGACAUCAGAGGCCGUCGUCUAUCACAUCUGUGCCGGUCACAAGAAUAAAGACCCCGAGGGCUGCAGGCCAGAGAUACUGCAGAUAAUGCGAAACUGCUGGAUGGAACCCUACACUUCCAGGCCCUCCUUCUCAGACAUAGUGAGAAUCCUGGAGGACAUCAUGGAGAAUGAUUCAGAUUAUGUGGACGUGGGGAACCCAAGACUUCUAGAAACGGGAGAGACGGACAGCCACGACUCAACAAGCGUCAAACAGUACAUCUAGACGUUGACAACUCAGCUUUGCGAUGAUGCUGUAUCUAAACUGAUAGACUGUACAUAAGAUACCUGACAUUGAUAAUGAAGUCAACAAUGUGAAGCUACUAUCUCAUGGUCAUUUCAAAUAAUUUCAAAUGAGAUAUUCUGUUAAUUAUACAUUUUCUUAAUGGCGCUAUUGCCACUUUUAUGUAAAUAAACUGUAAGAAGUAAUAAUGACUUGUGUAAUAUUUCAGGAAAUACAAUUUAUAUUCAUUACAACAAAAAAUUUGGUUGUUUAAUAAUAACAGGGGUUUACUGGCUGGGUCAUCUUGGACCAAGGAGUAUUAGCACUCAAUGGAUACAUCCAAAAUGAAACGCUAUUCCCUACAUAGUGCACUACUUUUGACCAGAGCCUUAUGGGGUAAGUAGUGCACUAUAUAGGGAAUAGGGUGCACAAUGACAAAAGUGGAAGUUCUUGUUGAGCAGCUUUGUACUCUUAGCUGGGACAAUAAAGUCUGAA